AUGGGUGUCUCCCAUCGAAUCUUCGCCAUAGCGCGGCGCGCCCCUCGACGGUCCUUCGGAGCCUUGGGACCGCAUGGUCUACGAGCAGGCUUCUCUUCCCGGCCUGCACACUGGGAUGAGGACCCAGACUGUUUGCUGGCAACGCAGAAGCCGGGCCAGGUUGAUUUGACCCACUGGAUCCACUCAGUGCUUGGCAAACCGCUUCAACGCAGUGAUGCCGAGCAGGCCCGCCAGCGCUUCUGGCUGACCAGGGAGCAACGCUGCCAGGGCCACAACACGAUGCCUGAUGAUUCGUGGUGGACACUUCUGCAGAGCAUUGUUGCACGGAGGGCACCCGUAAAGGCCACUGCAGCAUUUCUUCUCUAUUGCUCUGGGAUCACUCUGGCCUUUGAGAAUCUCAGGAACUUCUCGACCACCGGGCAGCCAGUGGUGGUGGAUGAGGUCACCCACGUGGCACCUGAACCGCAGACGAGAGAGCGCGAGCAACGCAGGGUGAUUGGUGUGAACAUCACCCAGGUACAAUAUGUCAUGGCCAGUCAUGACGUGAUGCAAACGUGCACGGGCUUUAUUGCUACGGCCUGGCGACUCACGGGGCGCUCUUCAUGA